UCUUUUUCGCUGCUACCAAGAAAGCAGUGAAAGCAGGUUCUGUAUCUGCUCGUGUUCAAGAAACAUCUGAUUCAAAUGAAAACAUUCACUCUCGUCCUCGGCAGCGGAGCGCGGGUUUAGAACGUUUGCGUCAGUAACUUCAUUAUGACGUGAUGAACAUAGAUGUAAAAGAGAGAGAGAAUCUGAGAGAAUCUUUUCUUGCAGUUUUUAUUCUGAAUUCUUCUUUUUUUAUCAUUAUUAUUUUUCAGUUUCUUUUAGAAAAUGGUUAGCGACGUUCAUUGCGAGACAAUGGUUCAAGUCAAAAAGGACAAGAAGAAAAAGAUGAAGUUGGGGAAGUUUCUGUCAUCUUCUGUAGACGCAGUGGCCUCGACCACUACACCUGCAGAUGGUGCCAAAGCCUUCUCCUCUUCUCCAUCCCGAAAGCGCAAAUUUCCAUCUCUGCGCCGGGUCUUCCGCAGAAUUCUGUCAGUGAUUCUGCCCUGUGUGUCCCUCACUGUACCGGAUGAGUCCUCUACCAUCGAGACUCACACAGCCGGUGCUGACACACAAAAAGACGUCUCAUCAGAUGCAUCUUUCUUGUCUGCAGUUAGCAGAUCAUCUGAUCCCGGGUUUGAUCUGCAAGUUGCAAACCAGGAGAAGGAAGCAUAUAGAGACGUAGCUGGAAAACAGAGCUGCCCUUCCAGCGCUGAGGAUACUACCUCAUCCACAAACAUGAGAUCCUCAGAUCUGGAGGCCACCAAAGGGUUCACCUCCUCCAGUUCUGUGGGUGUUUACUCCCCUGAAGAGAGUGAGAUGGCUGACCCUCAGGCUGCAGCCAUUCUUGAAGAUGCAGCUGGUGAUCAGACUGUCCCUGAAGACUGCGUCCUCGGAGUGCUAGCCAGUAUGACAGCCCGGUCAAACAGUCUGCCCCAGGCUGAAAUACUGGAACACACAGAGUGCAGUUCUGAGCGGGAGCAGAUUGAGAUCGAGGAGCUGCACACGGAGGAUGGUGCUCAACUGGCUGAUGUUGUAGCAACAGCAUCACCAACCAACAUCAAUCACUUGGGUUUUCCCAAUUUAGGAAACACUUGCUACAUGAACGCCGUGUUGCAGUGCCUCCUCAGCGUUUCCCCCUUCAGAAAGGAUAUACUUACCCAGAGAGAACGGUGGAACGAGGGAAGCGCAAUGCUCAGGGCGCUUAGUGACCUGCAUAUGACCAGGCUGAUGGGCAACGACAAACAGCUGAAAACAAAGCUCUUGUCCAGUGUGAAGGCCUGCAUUGAAACUCGCCAUCCAGACUUUUUGGGAGACCAUAAACAAGACGCCCAUGAGUUCUUGCUGGUUUGCCUGUCUCACCUUAAAGAGGAGGGCGAGUUUCUGCGAAGCUGCUGGCCCACAUACACCUGCCCAGUAGCUAACAUGGAGUUUCAGCUCAACCGCCUUCUCACCUGCAACAGAGUUCUUCUGUUGUUUCAGCUGUGGUUUCAGAGGAGCUUUACAGAGGAUUCCAACUACCUCUCUCUGGUGAUCAGUCCUCAAAGAAGCCUCACUCACAGCCUGGAGCAGUACUUCAAAACAUCUUCGUUGGACUGCUCAUGCAGUGAGUGUGCUGGCGCGACAGCUUCUGAGGCCCUGGAAUUAGUUACCUGUCCACGGAUCCUGGUGCUUCUGGUGAUGCGUUUUGACAUAACAUCGUCAAUGAAGAAGCUGAAAGAUAAACUGGAAGUUCCACAAGAGUUUUCACUGUCCUGUAGUACAGGUGGAAGAAUCAGACAGCAGGACACUGUAUAAACUAGCUGGUGUCGUGUCACAUAUGGGCAGCAGUUUGUAUUGUGGGCACUACAUCAGUUAUGUCCAUGACGGAUCUGAAUGGCUUAAAUGCAGUGACAACUCCAUCAAAAA